GUAUCAGACACUGUUAAGAAGGCUGUGUAUGAUGAGUUGGAUCGUUUGAGACCAAUCCCUGUGUCCAAGCAUCCAUAUUUCUGCAAUGAGUACAAUCCAAUGAUUUACCCAUUCUUGAAUGAGACGUUCAACUGUAUCAACACAUCGACAUUCUUCUCGAUGAACACUCCAUACCCAGGAAUGGACUACCUCGGCGAGUACGUCGUUCCCCUGCGCAAGAUUGAGACUGAAAACUCUGUCCUUAUCGGUGUGAUCACCGCCUCGGCCGUGCUGAUCGCUCUAUGUCUUGUAAUGCUCGGCGCCAUCGUCUACUACAAGGACUCGCACUCGAUCCGUUCAGCCAGUCCCAUCUUCUGUAUCAUCAUCAUCUUUGGAGGCAUCAUGACCUACGCCGGCGUGAUCCUAUACGUGCUGCCCACCUCUGACGCAGUCUGCAACAUCCGCUACUGGCUGCUGGCACUCGGCUACUCGACCCUGGCCGGCUCACUCGUGGUCAAGAACUUCCGUAUCUGGUUGAUCUUUGACAAUCCCGAGCUCAAGAAGAUCAAGAUCACCAACAGCCAGCUGAUGCCAUGGGUUGGCGGCAUCAACUUCAUCGUGCUGGUACUGCUCAUCCUGCUGGCCAUCCCCCAACUGGGCAACCUGCGUGUUGAGGCCCAAUACGGCCCAUCUUCCUUCCUCGAGAAGUACGACUUCCAGAACGUGUGCAGCUUCUCGGACAAGACCCACGUGAUCCUCUACCUCUUGCUCGGUGUGUUUGCUGCACUGAUUAUGGUCGGUGUGUUUGUCUCGUGGAAGAUCAGAAUCGUCGACCUGGAUGAGUUCAACGAGAGCAAGCCAAUCGCCAACUCCCUGUACGCUGCGCUAUUCUCCAUCUUUGUGAUCGUGCCUCUGUUGGUCGUGCCCCACUCUGAGAACUCCGAGACAAUCAUUAUCUCUUCAGCCGGCCUCUUCAUCACCACCAUGACCCUGGCCAUUCUGUUCAUCCCCAAGUUCUACCGUAUCUACGUGUUUGGUGCCAACUCGUCCGAGAUGUUCUCCAGCGCCAAAAGUGCCAUCGCCGAGUCUCGCUCGGCCAAGUCCAAGGAGAGUGGCAAUGCUGCUUCCUUUGAGUAUGAGUCGAAGGACAGUUCAGACGAUUCGAGUGAGAUGGUGGUCUGUGCACCAGAGAGUUUGAAGCCCAUUGGUGACAAGGUAGUACAUGCUCAAUUCGACUCUGAUGACGAAGAUGUCGUUGCCAAUCACAAUCUAUCGAUUGAUCAUAGUAACAGUAGUAGUGAUGAGAACAACAACAACAAUAAUGAGGACACUACAACAAAGACAACAAGUGAAGAU